UGUCCUCGACGUCGCGGUCUUGGUUACUUGAACUCCCUUGUGUCUCUUGAGAGGCACCGUGCUAAUGUAAAGUGCCUUACCCAAGGAAAAACUGUGAUCCCUCCAGGGCUAAAACCCUGAUCUCUAGAGAACAGCACACCGGUUAACCCAGUUUUUAGGGCACGGGUUCCCAGGCUUGUCAGUCCAAACAGAUACACAGCCUCAUUCCCGCGAGGAUGGGAAUGUAGUACGUUCGAUCAUAAAACGGUCAUUUCAAAUGCUUUUUUGACGAAGCUUGUUGCAAGAUGAAAAUGGAACUCGACUAGCCUCAAGAUCACCAAAACUAACAUUUUCCUUUUAUAUUUCUUUUCUAUGCUGUUGAACAAAAAUGAUAACAUCCCAUUAAGACGUAUCUGAUAUGGUUGAACAAGGUUUGUCACAUUAACAUUUGCUCAGCGACGCCAAUAGCUUUCAGAUUUCAGCUCAUCCCUCAGGCGUAUAAUCUAAAUUGCCCAGAAACUUGAGAUGAAUAAGCGCAUUACUAUGGGGUCCAUGCACUUGGGAUGAUGCCGGAAAUACUGACUCCUGGUCAUUCCAGAUGCUAGGCAAACGACAAACUACUUUAUGAGUUCAAUCUAUAUUAGCCAACAACCAGUGAACAUGGAAUAACCAACACACUAAGGUAAAUUAAAAGAUUACCGACACGAAAAACAAACUUGCAGGUGAAAGCAAAUUGCCUGAAGAAACGCAAACAUUGCAGAGUGGAGAUGUAAUCGAGAACGAGCAAGCCUUUCAGAUUGUCUUAACAAUAAAGCACCGGAUGUCAGCGCACGUUUGAGGGAGUAAGGACACAUUUAACAAUGCUACUCAGCAAGGCGUCUAAUCCCCAGUCGGCUCAUGAAUUUUGUAUUUCUUACACGGAUAUUUUAACACAAUUAGAACCCCUUGAGAUUUUCAAGCUUUCCACUUAAAAGGAAACAGGCAUUGCAUUUGUCGCUGCUCAAAAGAGGUUACCGCAGCAGGACAGUUAAAAUAAUUCAAAAGAGUACUUAACUUAUCAAAGGAGUGGAAGAGUAAAGAGCGCUUCACCCCACUGGAAUCGGGAUGGCGUGUAUCGACAUCUACAUUUUGUCGUUUCUAUUAGUUACAGCGUAUGCAGGUGAAUCCUCUAAAGGAGAGAAGAAGCAGCAGCUUGGUUUUCGACCUGUGCAUUUCGCUGCUGUUGGCCUUCCCUUGAGAGACCCUUCACCAAAUGGAGAUGAUCAAAAGACAGGCGCUUUUAAAAUUGACGAUAGAAAUGUUGUUGGUGCAGGCACGUAUGAGAUUCAAUCGGAUGGGAUUGAUGUUGAUAUAAGUUUAAAAAUUUCCACUAAAGAGCAAGGCACCCCAGGUGCAGGCGGGGGACCGGGCACAGGUGGAGGACCCGCACCGGGCGGGGGACCAGGUGCGGGCGGAGGUCCCGCACCGGGCGGGGGACCGGGUGCGGGCGGAGGACCUGGAGCAUGCGGGGGACCUGGAACAGGAGGAGGAUCAAAACCUGCACUCUGUGUUGUUCUUGUCCCACAAACAAGACCACCUCAGGGACCCGGAGUAGCUACGACAUCUGUUCCCCCAACAACGGGUGUUGGUGGAGGAGGAGCGACUGGCCCUAAAGGCGCCACACAGGGAGCCACUUCACCUUCAGGAACUCCACAAGUAACCACACCACAGGGAGCCACUUCAUCUUCAGGGACUCCACAAGUAACCACACCUGCUGCUGGAACAAGACCCACAACUGGAGUCGGGGCUGCCACCACUCCACCAAGUGGAGGAGGCGGAGGAUCACAAGAUGAAAUACUUGGACUAAAUAAACAUAACGAGUAUCGUAAAGUGCAUGGUGUUCCGGCAAUGACACUAGAUGCUGACAUGAGCAGACAAGCAGCUGAAUAUGCACGGAAAAUUGCUGAGCAGGGUGUACUAUCUCACGCUAGCGCAGAGGAAAGAAACAACGAUGGCGAAAAUCUCUCCAUGGGCUGCGGCAGUGAUGGCCAGACUACCGCUGCGGCUACCACCAACUGGUACAACGAGGUCUGCAAACCAGGAUACACGUUUGGUCAAGAGAGUGGCAGCGAAGGCACUGGCCACUUUACCCAAGUUGUUUGGAAGGAGAGCGUGAAGCUCGGUAUUGGAAAGGCAGACAUCGACAAAGAUGGCAUGAAAUGUACAUACGUCGUGGGUCGGUACAGACCCGCUGGGAACAUGAUGGGAGACUACGCGAAAAACGUACCCCAGGGGUCGUUCAACAAAGCCCAGGCCUGUGCAGGGGUUAAAAGAACGAUUACGCACUAUUUGACGCCACGAUCAAAGAAGGACAAGCACCCAACCAGAGCCAAUAAUAAUUAGAAUGCUUUUUACACAUGGGUCUCCGAACGUUGAGCGAGGCUGUUUAUUUUGAAGGAAAGCUAAAUACGGUGUAUUAGUUUGGGAUCAUCUGCCACAGACUAUUGACUGGUCUUAUAGGAAGAAAUAGGAAAUGAUCAAUAUACACAAAUGAUUGCGAACGGACUAGUUCAGUACAAAUUAUAAAUUAUCAGGAAUGUCUCCUAUAACGGAUGUGGUUGUUUAUUUUCAGUAUGCAGCCAUGGUGACCAAGGGCGAAUUUUAGACCGUCAGACGAAGGGACUAAUAAUAAGACGAAGCGUCUAGAUAAUAAGAAGAAAAUAUCAAGUAAAGAUAAGACAAAAAUAAACCUAGCUUUUG